UCCUGGUUUAGUCCUGGACUGAAUUAGUCCUGGUUUUAGUCUUGGUGUUAGUUCUGGUUUAGAGGCGCACAGGAGGAAGCGCGGUUUACGCCGCGUACGCGAGAAAACACGAUCCACACGCGGCUCACGGGAGCACGUCGGUGUCCACGCAGUAACUACGGAAGGAAACGUGGUCCGCGCGUUCUCAGGUUAAUGACGAUGAUGAAGCUGUCCAACGCUCUGAUUAUACAUCCAUUGCAGCAGGUUCACAGUGCGUUGAGAAACUAUAUGCCAACCUUCCCGGAAUGAGGAUUCCUCUAAAUGUGUUCUCGUCAUGGGGUGGUGUCAGUUGCCAUGUAAAGCUGACUGCUGCUCCUGGGUUUCUGAUUCGACUGACGGUCAGCUCUUUCCUCAUUGAGCCAACAGACUGUGUGGACGAUGGGCUACUGGUGUACGACGCCCUGCUGCCCAUGAGGGGGCGCAUUUUACUACGGUUGUGUGAGCCAGUGACCAAGGCUUUCUCCCUGGUAUCUACCUCCAAUGUGAUGUUGUUGUCAUUCUCUAUGACAAGUGGGAACAAGAACUUCAGGGGGGACUUUGAGGCCAUCAGUGAGGAAUUAUGUUUGUCUCAUAUUGAGGUCAAGUCACAUCCUGACUUCACUGGUGAACUCUACAGCCCAUUCUACCCCAGUCUACUGCCCCCACAAUGCUCCUGCACCUGGACAUUUCAGACCGCUAGUUCAGCUUUGGGAGUGGCUCUUCAUUUCAAAAACUAUGUAUUAAAAAUGAAAGACAUGAAGGCUUGUGACCAAGGCUGGUGGAAAGUCAAUGAAAUAAUUUACUGUGGGACCUAUGUAGACCACAGCACAGUGUUUCGGAUCAGUAACCCCAGUCCAGAGGUGGAGUUUCGCUGUAGCUCUCGUACUUCAGUUCAGCCUUUUGAGGCAUCUUACACCAGUUAUAACAUUAGCCAGCCCUGUCCAGAGAGCCACUUCCUGUGCUCCACUGGCCUGUGUGUGGACAAAGUGAGACGAUGUGAUGGCCUGGAUGACUGCCAAGACGAGAGCGAUGAAAUCUUCUGUUCAAGACCAUCACCUAACUGUGCAGGCAGUGGUUUUCUUCACCCUUUGUUUGUGUGUAAUGGAAAGAGAGACUGUUCUAAUGGAAUAGAUGAGAUCAACUGCACUCAAGAAACCACCUGCUCGGCCAUAAGCUUCCAUUGCAGCAGUGGGCCCUGUAUCCUGAAAAAAAAUGCAAAAUGUGACGGUGUUUUGGACUGUAGAGACCAAAGCGAUGAGAGAGACUGUGAUUGUGGCAACCCCUCUCCGGUAAAGAAAGAAACGUCAUCUUCAUCUGAGCGCAUUGUUGGCGGGGUCAACUCUGUGGAGGGGGAGUGGCCGUGGCAAGUCAGCCUGCUCUUCUCUGGGAGCAUGUACUGUGGGGCCUCAGUGCUCUCCUCUGAUUGGCUCCUGUCAGCUGCCCACUGCUUCAGCAAAGACAGGUUGUCAGACCCACGCCUCUGGAGGGCUCACCUGGGCAUGCUGAGCCAAGGCAGUGCCAAGCAUGAGGCGGAGAUCCAGAGAAUUAUAGUUCAUGAAUAUUACAAUGCAUUUACCUUUGAUUAUGACAUCGCACUGCUGCAGCUAAAGAAGCCCUGGCCACCCAGCCUCAGUGCCCUGAUCAAGCCUGUGUGCUUGCCCCCUCCAUCACACAUGGUUACAGACAGCCACCCCUGCUGGGUCACUGGGUGGGGCUACCGCUCAGAAGGGGACAAAAUGCUGCCCACAGUGCUCUUGAAAGCACAGGUGUUUAUCCAGAGCCAGACAGACUGUAAGAAAAGCUACAGUCUGGCCUCUCCUCGGAUGCUGUGUGCAGGAGUGCCCUCUGGAGAGCAGGACGCCUGCCGGGGUGACUCCGGGGGUCCUCUCUCGUGUCAGGAACCUGGUGGUGGCCGAUGGUUUCUCAUUGGCAUUGUGAGCUGGGGGCUGGGCUGUGGUCGACCCAACCUGCCUGGAGUCUACACCCGGGUCAGCAAGUUCACCUCUUGGAUCUACAGCCAUAUCACCAUAGCCCUAUACACAAGGAGUAAGUUUGCCCACAAUAUCUGUCGCACGGAUGGUUGUCCGGAUUGUACCCUUCAUAGUGCUCUCAUUGUGCCGCGCUGCAUUCUGGGGCUCCGUGUGACACCUGCCGCCCAGUGCCUCUGUGGAGCUUCACUGGACAGUGCUAUGAGGACUCUCCCUAAAAGUAAAACUUGUAAAGUCUACUGCGUCUCUGAAGAUGGACUCUCAAGCCACACCACUGCUCAGGGAGAGGGGAAGUUGAAGGAGCCCACCCAGACACCAAGCCCCCCCACGAAGCUGGAGCAGCAGAGAGCGGAUGGGGGGGCUCCAUUUUCUGAACUCUAUGAAUCCACACCAUGGAGCACUUACUAUCUGGGCUCAGGAAUCACUGCCUUCAGCGAAGGAGCAGCAGGACUUAAUGUUUUCUAUUGGAGUAAAUUUUCUGCCCCGGAGGAUGUUGCUAUGGCAAUUCGUAAAUCCAAUGCAGGGAGAUUACAGCGUCGACUUCCAGGCAUCAAUAAAGUGCAGGACAGUCGCCAUGAACAGCGCUACUUUAUGGAGCAAGACCCAGACAUUCUUCACCUGCUUGGUCUGGAUCCUGAUGACUUUGAAUCUGAAGAGAAAUCAGACAAAUUCAAGAAUCCAAACAGCAUCCAGGGUGGAAAGUGGCAGCUUGGUUUCCAAGCUAUGUCUUUCGACUUAUAUGCCAAAUAUGGGAACAACCGGACCCUCAGCCUUGUGAACCCUAAGAAGCCUUACUAUCAGUGGCGUCUGCGUGUGCCAUCAGGGCAUGUGGUCCGGCUGGUGGUUCUCACCCUUCAAGGAGCCACUCCAGGCAGCUGCAUUGCACACAAGCUAUCUGCCUAUGACUUUUUACUCCCUUUACAAAACAAGAUCAUUGCAAGAUGGUGUGGACUACCUGUUUCUGGUUCAUCUCCGGUCAUGAAGCUCAUGUCGUCUGGAAAUGUAAUGUUGGUCACCUUUUCCUUUAGUAGACAAAGAGAAGGAGCAGUCUUUAAAGCUUAUUUCCAGGCCAUUCCCAAAGCAGGUUGUGGGGGGUCAAUAUCAUCCUGGAACGGUUCAGUCUCUUCUCCUUAUUACCCAUCCUUCUAUCCUCCAAAUAUAGAAUGUACUUGGACAGUACGGACCCCCAUGCCUGGAUAUCUUAUCUCCAUGACAAUUGUGAAGUUUGACAUUCAGGAUUCUUCCUCAUCUGACGGCUGUGAGAAUGACUGGCUGGACAUUGGAGGGAUCAAACUGUGUAAUCCUAUUCUGGAGAGCAGCAAGAAGCGUGUGUUCUCGUCUCCACUGUCCAUCCAGUUUCACUCAGAUGAAUCCAUCACUCACCCGGGCUUCUAUCUGAUCUACAGAGCCUUUUCCCCAGAGGGCACGUGUCCACGGCAAUUUCGCUGUGGAGAUGGGCGCUGCAUUCCUCUGAGAAAAGUUUGUGAUGGAGUACGGGACUGCUCAGAUGGACGGGAUGAAGCUAAAUGCAAUUCUUGCAGGCCCGGGGAGGUGCAGUGUGCCAAUGGACAGUGCAAGUCUCAUAGCAGUCAGUGUAUGACUCAGAGCACCUGUUCAGACAGCAGUGAGGAGGGCACAUGUGGCAGCAAGUGCUACCAUGUGUGCCCAAAUAAGCAGUGUUUACCAAAGUCUUCAUUGUGUGAUGGUGUUGUUGACUGCAAAGACCGAAGUGAUGAACUCAACUGCACUAGAGCAUAUGUGAAAGGCUGCUCUUCGAACUCUUACAAAUGUGCCAAUGGAAAAUGUGUGAAUAAGGUCAAUCCUGAGUGUGAUGGAGUCAAGGACUGCUUUGAUGGAUCUGAUGAACUGCGGUGUGCCUGCGGGACCAGGCCUAGAAAGCGCACCAAGAUUGUGGGAGGUUCUGACGCGGGCACGGGCUCCUGGCCUUGGCAAGUCAGUCUGCAGAUGGAGCGUUACGGCCACGUGUGCGGGGCCACUCUUGUCGGUAGUCGCUGGCUUAUUUCAGCUGCCCACUGCUUCCAGGACUCAGAUGCAAUCAAAUAUUCAGAUUCUCGUGCUUGGCGGGCAUUCAUGGGAAUGCGUGUGAUGACAUCAGGAAUCAGUGGGGCAGCCAACAGACAGAUCCGACGAAUACUUAUUCAUCCAAAAUACGACCAGUUUACCUCAGACUAUGACAUUGCCUUAUUGGAGCUCAGCAUACCCAUCUUCUUCAAUGACCUAGUGCAGCCAGUGUGUAUCCCUGCUCCAUCACACUCCUUCGCCACAGGAACCAACUGCUACGUCACUGGCUGGGGUGUUCUCAUGGAGGACGGUGAACUGGCUUCUCGGUUACAAGAGGCUUCUGUGAAAAUAAUAAGCAGAAAUACAUGCAAUAAGCUGUAUGAUGAUGCUGUCACUCCCAGAAUGCUUUGUGCCGGAAACUUACAGGGAGGGGUAGAUGCCUGUCAGGGAGACUCGGGGGGGCCUCUGGUGUGCCUGGAGAGGGGCCGACGCUGGUUUCUGGCUGGGAUCGUGAGCUGGGGUGAGGGCUGUGCCAGGCAGAACCGACCAGGGGUCUACACACAGGUGGUUAAAUUCUCUGACUGGGUCCACCAACAGACCAAAGGUCAAGUUUGAUUCAAAUGGACACAGGCUCACACUGAAAUGGAGCAUUCUGGAUGAAUUAUGGACAUUCACCACCCAGUGACCUCCAGUCCAACUGAAGCAACUGAAACAGGGCUAAUCUCCAAAAAACGUAUCACUGAAUGACUUAUUGACAACUGUGGCCCUGACAGA